AUGUCUGGAAAGGGUAAAGGUGGUGCUGAAGGUAGUGCUGAUUCCUACAUUUCAUGCCACAUAGACUCUGAGUUUCGCUACAACCUCUUUACUGUUUUCUACAGCAUCAUUUUCAUUCUGGGCUUUAUUGCCAACUGCUAUGUGCUCUGGAUUUUCAGCCGUAUUUACCCCACCAAGAAACUCAAUGAAAUCAAGAUAUUCAUGGUGAACCUGACAGUAGCUGACCUGCUCUUCUUAGUCACGAUGCCAAUGUGGAUUGUUUACUAUCACCACCAUGGAGACUGGAUCAUGCCUGAAUUCCUCUGUAAUGUGGCUGGCUGUUUAUUUUUUGUUAACACCUACUCUUCUGUUGCCUUUCUGAUGGUCAUUACGUACAACCGUUACCAAGCUGUGACUAAUCCCAUUAAAGCUGCUCAGUUUACCACCCAGAGAAGGGGUAUCUACUUAUCAGCAGCUAUCUGGAUCAUAAUAGCAGGCAGCUCUUUGUAUUACCUUUUUGACAAGAAUACUAAUCGGGAGGAGAUCGACUCGAAGAAUUUCACACGGUGCUUUGAGCGCUAUAGCAAUUCUAGCAAUGUUUCAGCUGUUCUCGCCAUUCACGUCAUCAUUUGCAUCCUCUUCUAUAUCAUUUUCCUUUUUAUACUAGGCUGGAACAUCAUCAUUAUCAGGACCCUGUUCUCCAAAUCAGUACAGCCACGGAAGAGUGCUCACGUCAAGCAAAGGGCGCUCUGGAUGGUUUGCACAGUGCUGGCUGUUUUCGUCAUAAGCUUUGUACCUCAUCACAUAGUGCACCUGCCCUGGACCUUGACUGUUCUGGAGCAGUGGAAGAAGGAAAACUGUCAGUUGCGACAACAACUCAACGAUGCUCACCAGGUGACUUUGUGCCUCUUGAGUACAAACUGUGUGCUGGACCCUAUCAUCUACUGCUUCCUCACCAAGAAAUUCCAGAAGCACCUUUCAGAAAACCUGAAAAGCAUGAAAGGGAGUCGCAAGUGCUCCAGGCAAACCACAGACACAGUGAUUGAGGGCACCAUUCACCAAGAGGAAGCCAUUAGGAUCUAG